AUGAGAAAAAGUUAUAGCGAACAAAUAAAUAUUUCUCUCAAUGAAUUUAUUUCUUUUUUUCUGUUCCAAUUCAGUUUGGUGGCGAAAACGCUCAUAGCUCAUCCAUGCACAGUGCUACGGCGACAGUGCCAAGUGCAUCAGUUCGCGAGGACAUUACAUCUCACGCCGUUCACUCUAAUUCCGGUUGUUUGUAAGGUGGUCAGCAACGAGGGAUUUCUAACAUUAUGGAAAGGUGCUAUUGGCUCGGGAGUUCUCUGGGGCCUGUCGACUGCUGGAGAAAUACUCAUUGCCGAUUUAUUUGGCCUUCCCAGAUCGACUGCCAUCUCGAUGACACCCUUCAUUGUUUCAUCUUUCGUCGAAACCGUUAGGAGUGAAAGCGGUCUCGGUGAAGAGCUACGUGUAAUGGAUGUGGUCACCAACGGAAUCAAUCGUUUACGCUUUGAUUUCAUCGGUCCCAAGGAUAACAGCAAGCGUUUUUCAUUGGUUUAUCUUUCCGUACCCACAGCUUGCCUCUUUACGUCGCAUUAUGUAGUGACAAAUGCCAUCUACGAUUGGAUUUACUCCUUAUUCAAGCGAUAUGUCGAUCGGAAGCCAGCACACGAGAAAACCAUCUAUUAUCGUUACUUUCCGGAGAUAUUCUCCACGUUCACGUCACAUAUGCUUGCUGAUCUUGCUCUCUAUCCCUUCGAGACUGUAUUACAUCGACUGUACAUUCAGGGAACGCGCACAUUGAUUGAUAAUCUGGACAACGGUGUAACUGCUAUCUCAAUAACAGCAAAGUAUGCUGGUUUUUUUGAUUGCUUCAGAACAAUCAUUCGUCGAGAAGGCUUUUGGGCACUCUAUGCAGCCAAAUGGGAAGGAAAAGGCGUUGAAGAGCGUGCACGAAUCCAUCAGCUUAUUAGUAUGAUUGAAGCAUUGCAUCAGAGUGGUGACUAUGCUGGAUCUCCGGAAGCACUUUAUGCGCUGGUGGAAGGCUGUGCCGAUGGGAGGCCAAGCGAAAGUAUCAAGGCUUUGAUCGAUUACCGUGUGGCCGUACGUUAUUUUUACGUAAUUCGGAAUUUUCCACUUUUAUAG